AUGGAAGAUGGAUAUGAUGUCACUGAUAAUCAUUUAGGAAAGAAUGUCAAGGUGGCAGAACUAAUAUGGGUGGAGACCAAUGGAGGCUCAUGGUGGCCUGCACAGGUUGUUAGUGAAGACGCUGUGAGUGGGAACAACAAGCCCCUUAAAACAUCAUCUGGGGAAGUUCCUGUUCGGCUCUAUGGAAGCUACAAAUUCUUGUAUGUGGACGGUCAAAAAUGUUGUUCUGAUUUUGAAAUAAUUCUUGAGCAGAAUAAUGGUUCCCAUAGAGAUAUAUUUCUCAAAGCUCUGGAGCAGGCAAGGAUAAGGAGCUUUCCGAGAUUACAGAAGCAUGGAAAGAAGGUUGAGGAUAAAGCAAAUGGUAAACCCAUAAAGCAAGAUGGGUUGCUGAAGAAGGCCAAAGAAAAUAGAUCAAGUGUCCAGGCAGAAGUGUUAACAGAGGCAGGUGCGCGAAGAUUAAGAGUGAUGCGAAAUCUUGGCCUCAUUGCCCCUUCAGGGUCUCCUUACCACAAAAAUGGACGUACGGACAAGGCGUCGCUGCUGGCGGAGGUGGUGCAACACGUGAAGGACCUGAAGCGGCGGGUUGAUGAGCUGGCGCGGCAGGAGGGAGACACGUCGCUUUUUCCGGGAGAGGUGGACGAGGUGAGAGUGAGUUGCGACGGUGAAGGUUUUAUGAAGGCGACGCUUUGCUGCGAGGACAGGCCGGGUCUGAACCGGGACUUGGUGAAGGCCAUGCGGUCGGUUCGGGUCAGGGCGGUGAAAGUGGAGACGGUGACGGUGGGAGGGAGGACCAAGAGUGUGGUGGUGAUGAAGUGGACUGGUGGUGGAGGUGGAGAGGAGGAGGUGAAGGAUUUGAAGGUGGCUUUGAAGGCGGUGGUGGAAAAUCGGGCGUCGGGUCGGGUCAGUUUGUUGGGAAAGCGGGCUCGGUUUUACGGGUCUGUUUAUAAGGAUGAUGAUUCAUGCUUGAAAAGUUGA